GGCGGCGCAAAAGUUCACAGCGCAGGUCUGAUGUAGCAGAGAGCAUAUUGCUGCAGAGCCGCAAACAAGGAAGGAUUCUCCGGUAGUCCAUAAACCAUUUUUCUGUCGUCAAACGGAUCAAGCUUUUUGUGAGACUUGGAUCGGUCACAAAAAGCGGGAUUCGCUUUUCGCAUAGGAAUUGGCGAGCCGCAGAAGUCAGGAUAUCUGUACUUUGCUGGGUGGUUAAUUAAUAAUAACAUGGACGAGAUGCGUCAUUCUCAACAAGUCGUGCCCAAUAUCAUGAGUGGAAUUGGGGUUCAAACUAUUCAUCCUAACAGCGUACAUCGUCAUGGCAGGAAUCGUGUGACGAUGCACACUCUUAUGUCUGAGGCAUUACCGUUGGACGAGGCAGCACGUUUAGAAAUGAAGGCAAUGCCUGCUAAAACUCCUGUUUCCGUUUUGCAAGAGCUUCUGUCUCGCAGAGGCACUACCCCAAAAUAUGAACUUGUACAAAUAGAGGGUGCCAUACAUGAACCUACCUUCCGUUAUCGUGUCACUGUCUCUGAUGUUGUUGAUUUAACCAUUUCAGCUAUGGGCACUGGGAGAUCUAAGAAGGAGGCAAAACACGCCGCAGCUAAAGCAGUCCUCGACAAACUGAUUGGAGUAAAUACUGAAACAUCAGAGGGUCCACUGCCUAACAGCAUAUCUGAGGGUCAGAAUCUUCAGGAACUGCAAAAUUAUGGGGAGGACAAGGUCGUUGGAAAUCCAAUUGGUUCGUUGCAAGAAAUGUGCAUGUCUAAUCACUGGCCUCCACCAAAAUACACCAUGGAAGGCGAGGAAGGGCUACCUCACGAGCGACAAUUCACCAUUGUCUGCUCCAUACUGAAGUACAGGCAAGUUGGAAUUGGGAAAAGCAAGAAACUUGCUAAACGACAAGCUGCUGACAAGAUGUGGCGCACUUUGCGUGAUACGCCGAUUGAGAACAAUCAGAGUCCAGGAAUUGACGAUGACGAGAUUGUGCAAAGAAACGCGAAUAUGAGUGCUCGUUAUGCUGAUUUGAAAGAUAGCAAAAUAUCAACACUGACACCUCCCCACAGCCUCAAGGUUUCCCAAUUCCACAAGAACCUCAAGUCUUCCACAGGCGUUAAACUUUGUCAACUACAGAAUACAUGUUUGAAUGAUGGGGACAUCAAUCUGGUGCAGUUCCUGCAAGAGAUUGCCUCUGAGCAGAUAUUCGAAGUUACAUACGUUGAUAUCGAAGAAAAGUCCAUUAGCGGAAAGUGUCAAUGCUUGGUCCAGCUUUCGACAUUACCGGUUGCGGUAUGUUACGGAUGCGGUGUUACCAGCAAAGAUGCUCAGGCUAGUGCGGCUCAGAAUGCUCUUGAAUAUUUGAAAAUCAUGACUAAGAAGUGAGCCAGCGCUCUGCUCCUGCCAGCCGUCACUAUCGACCGUAUUGUCGAUAGCAAACUACCACAACGUUCGUCACUAAACGCAAUCGAAAAUAGUAAUGCAGACUUUAAACAGAAAUUGACAGUCGGUCAAGUUUUAGACAAGAACAAAAUUGGACACAAGUCAUCGUUGUCAUCCGAUCAUGGAGGGACUAAAAACAAAGUUGUCAGAACGCAAUCCACGAACGAAUACACACCGUUCAAUUCUGUGGCAUCAAAGAACCAGCAAGUGCUAAAACGAAAUGUCAGAACUUCUGAUAAUUUAAACUCAAGUGAUCAAUCAAUGGGAAAAAAUAUUAGAACGAAUCAACCAGCAUUGAACUCAAAUCAUGCAAAUGUUCGGUCAUUGAAAAAUCAAAUUGACAAUUGUUCGAAAGAUUAUCACGGUGUUAAUAAAUUAUACGGAGAGUUUCAGGCAAAGAAUAAGAAUUAUUCUACCCAUACAGACGGGUACAGUAAAGGAAGCACUGCUAAUCAUCAAGAGUACAAGCAAAGGAAUAAUAACAACACUGGCAACGCAAACCUCCCUCAAUCGAGAUAUACAAAUCGAUCAAUGACUAGUGUACAACAACAACAAGUACUGCAAAGAGAUUGCAAAAAUUUAACAUCUAGUGGUAACGUAUCGUCACGCAAUGAUACCACGGGUACAGCAACAACAACAACGGCAGUUACGACGGUCCACAACAAGGCAUUGGAGCAGCACAACGUGGUCCCUAAAAUGGGUCAGAUUAAUUUUCCACCAUUGCGAGCCCCGCAGAGCAUCGUUAACGUCAGGCAUCCCUUUUUGACGGAAGCCAGAAUGAAGCAGCAAAACGCAGAUAUCGGAGCGGUUAAUAUUAACAAGCAAAAAUCGAGCGUCGCAAGUUCGUUGCAGAACAGUGUUAAGGAAUUAGAACAUAGUAGGCAGACUUACCACGGCUACAGUGGCUCGCCGAUCGCUAAUAUACCAAAUGUUCAAAGUUUGGCCAACAUUACUAGCAUCGCUCAGUACCCAAGGCCAGAUUCUUUCCCUCAGCAGACACUGGCCAGUGUACUUUUUCCAGAAUCAUCACAGUUUCCUCAAUCUCCUCCCUACGCCACGCCGCAGCUCGGUCAAAUCAAUCAAUUCCAAGCUUACGACCCGGCCAGCUUUACACCCACGCCUGUAAACGUGAAUUCAGUCAUACCACAAUUUUCUGCGGAAAGCCCGCUUCCAUAUCCCCAAUUCGACAGCACUCACCAAUUUGUACAACCCAAUCAUUACCCUACUGCUGAUAUGGCCAAUGGUCAAUACCAGUAUCAGGCCGCUAGCGUUGGCCAAAUAACGGACUCGCCUUUAUUCAUACAAAGUCUUCAGAGCCCGCUUACUCUCGCUGAUCAGUAUGCGGCUCCGAAUUAUGCGCAAGCUCUUAGAACUGAAUUAAUACCGAGAUUAAGGAGGCCACCACGGUUUAAUAAGUAGUUGAAAAGAAAAUUUACCAGAACAAUUGCCAUCCUAUCUAUUCUUCUAUCACAACGCUGUUUAAGUAUUCGCGAUUGAUUGGAAGGCGGCAUGUACGAAUUUCUCACAUACGUAAAAAUACUGUUUUUCAAAAGCUGCGACGCCGACACAAAGCAAGUUGUUACAAAGAUUAAAAAAACACAAAUUUGCACGGUUUACGAUUUCUUACUGACUUUAGUGACAAAAAAUUGAAAUUGUCCAACAAUAUUACUUGACUGGGAUUCUUAACGCGUUCAUAUUAUAAUCUGAACAAUACUGCAUAGUAACAUGUAUUGUAAAACAAGGUAAUAAUAGUUUCACGUUGAAUCACAUAAGGAAUAGUAAAGAUUGAAUGAAUUCAAACUUUCGUCAAUAAACAUUAUGUAAAAAAUCUCAAUCCGCUCACAGAACUGUAACCUGUCCACUUACUGUUCUCGGUAUUAGUGUUGGUUUAUAGCUAUGUGUCCAAAUCCUAGUUCUUGAUAAAUAUGCAAAUUUUUUACAACUAUCGGAGAUGCCCGUGAAACAAAUCAGCAUUUGCGUAAUAUUCUUGACGACGCUGUGAGAACACUGUAAAGAGAUUUUUUGCAACGGAAUUUCAGGAUGUAUUAGAGUAACGCACCUGUAUUCUAACAAACGCUACCUGAUUUCACGUUUAUUUUUCAUUUGUACUUGCAUUUCAAGUUAUACACGAUGUGUAUCGCUAUUUUUUAUUGGACGGUCAACAGUUUUUGUUUUCUUUUAUUUUUCUUCUUGUUUUUACCCCUGUAUACAAAUCUACACUGUAUUAUAAGGUGCGGUGAAAAUUAUUUCAAUUUCAGAUCCAUUUUGAAAUAAAUUUUAACCAAUCCUUUGUACACCGAAAAUCGUAGAGAAGAAGAGGAGACUACUGUGAAAUAUAAUUUUUUACAUACUACCAAAGCACAGUACCCCCCUCCACCUCCAAUCCAAUGAUUAAAGAAAAAGAAAAAAAACGAAAGAAGAUGAACAAAAACACGUGUUUUGUAUUAGGUUUUUUGUCCAAAUUACGUGACGCGGCAGGGCUUGAAUUAAGCUCUGGUGUAUAUGACCUGUGACUCAACCUGAAAACAAAUAAUCUUUAAUGUGAAUAUAUGUCACCACAUUUAGAUGUGCUAAAUUGUACAUACGUUAUGCGACUUUCUUUUUAGUCAUCGUUUUGUUAUAUAUAUAUAUAUAUUUUUUUUUUCAAUUUCUUCUUCUGUUAGCCAAUAUAACCGCUUAAAAUUUGCUGAUUGAUAAUACAAGGCACGAAAAGAAGUCUAUAUUAUCACAUCGGCAAGUUAGGCUUUGCGUUACUGAAGAAGCAAAAUUCUAAAUUUUGUGUCUUCUUGAAGGUUUAAUAUAUAAACAGACCAAUUAUCCGUUUUGGUAACUAUUAUAAUUGACGAAAGGUCAUCUUGGAAGCAAACUCGUGAGGUAUAUAAUGCUUCGACGGACAACGGAUAUAUAUAUAUAUAUACGGAUAAAGCAUACCUUAUGGAUAUAUAAAAGUAAAAAAAAAAAAAAUGAAGAAAAGAAAGAAAUUCAUUGUGAGAUAAUAAAUAUGAUACAACGCUUAAAUAAUUUGUUAUAAUUAUGUACUGAAACAAUUAUUGAUCGACAACGCUGUAUACUUUGCAUAAUAUUGGUGGAGAUUUUUUCAAAAUUCUCAUAGCUGUAUUACCUAUAGUAAAAUUCAAUUGAUGAUUAUCUACUGCUAUACGUAAAUGUAUAAAGAUGAUAUGCUUCUAAAUCAACAUGUAUGAAUACAUCAUAUGUACUCGGGUAUUAUUUUAUGAAAUACCUAUUCGUAAUGUAUACUUGAAUAAUGCAUGUUAUAUCUGUCUGCAAGAACCCUGCAGCCAAAUUUAUACACGCGAAGAGAUACAGAGCUGCCUGGCAGUAAAAGGCAUAGUUAUAACCUUGGGGUUUAUAUUUAUAUAAUAAUAAUAUAAUAUUCUUUAAUUUAUCCAACUUAAUACGACUCGUCUCAUUUUCGGACUUGAGGUCACUGCGCCAAAAUGAAAACAAAAAUUUGAUAUCGUUCAACGAUGAUUUUCUUGUUCUAGUUGAAUUUUUUCCCCCCCCCUAACAUUUAUUCUUUUCCGUGCAUCUGAUGACAUGCCUGGCAUCUCUACUUUGUCUAACAAAUAAGUGCACAAUGUAAAUGUUGCGUUUCGCGAUUCUUAUAUAGGUAUAUAAAUAUAAUUGCUGCGUAGUAACAUAGAGGUAGAAUAAUUACUUGUAAACUCAUAAGCAUCGCGUAUUACUAUAUUCGUAUUAUUAAUAGUUAAGGUCUCUUCAUUAAGUACACAACGGUUAUCCACAGGAAAUUUUGUGUGUAUUAAAUUUUGAAUAACUUGUAUGCAUGAUGCACAAUACAGAUAUUGUGUACACCUACAGUAUCAAUGUUGAUGCGUGAGUAUUUAUGCCGAAAUAAGAUGAAGAUUAGAACAAAAAUCUGCAGAAAAUUGUAACAGCAACAUGCAUUGUCCAUAUUUGUGCGAAGCUUUGGAAAUCUACCCCAAUCCAAGAUGCGCUUUAACUAUACAUACAUGGCCAAAUUGUGCCUGUCACUUUGUAAACAAAUGUCUAGUCCGAAAAAUUUGAAGUCUGUUCGGGGCAUGUUACACAAUUGACCCUGUUAGCUCAAAAAUUAUUUACAUUUAUAUUUAUUUAUUUUUUUAUUUUUUUUUUUUUUGCAUCGGACUUAUCAAUGGCGUUGUUAUUGAAUUGGCGAAAAAAUUCCUCUUGCGAUUCUCAUGUAUUGUUUAUGUAAUGGUUAUAAAAUACAAACUUCGAAGUUGAUGUACAAAAAACAAAUUAUACAUGCAUUAUAAAAGUGUCGAACAUUAUCUCCAAGCGAUAUAGUUCUGUGCUCGAUAUUUAUAACAAUCAAAUUUGCCGUAACAGCAAAUGACGCGUUAAUGGUCGCCAUGACUAAGUUUCGUGGUCCACUUCGCGACUUGAGACCACGCGUUCUAUGAAUUAAUAUAUCAAGUUGUAGGAUAUUAAAGUUCGAAUCACUUUUUUAUCGAAUGCAGAGAAAUAUUUUUUUAUACAACGUCACGACGCCAUGUUUUCAAAAAGUAUAGACGAUCUGGUUUGAACGAUUCCAAUUUUCGGAAAUAACUUCUAUUUGAACUGAGAUAUUAGUAAUUAUUAACUUCAUGUUGCAAUUUCUUCAUCGGCUGCAAAUAACUGCAAUUCAAUAAAUUUAUAUUUUCCAACUGAAUUUAACUUAUACGGUAUUGCACAUAUAGUAAUAAAUUAUAAUACUUUUCCGUUGGUGAAUACGAGUUAUUUAGAUGCAAAGUAUAGAGUGUGACGAUUACAUUAUCGAAGUUGUGCUCAAAGCAGCUUCCACGUUGAAAUUUAAAGUUGAGAGUUAAUUCACAAGAAUCAAUCAUUGUUAUACGUAUUUGGCUAGUACAUAUAAUUUCGGUUAGUGAUCUUAACGAUAAAUGCUUAUCGCUAGAUGUGAAAUUUUCUUACAUCGGCGUGUAGUUCAUUCGGUUUUCAUUUUGUUACUUUUCAAAAAACAAAAAAGAAGUUUUUUUUUUUUCCUUUACUUUCUUCUAAUUGCUAUUGCCAUUAUUUUUCUCGUAAUUUAUAAUUACGCGUACGAUGUGGGCAUCGCGACUGUACUUGUCUCAUCAUGCCUUUAUGUGUAAACAAAUUAUAUUAAUUUGGCAGGCGUUUUUGUCGGCAAUCGCGAUAGCGUGUAAGAAUUGUAGGCGACUGAAAAUGUCGUGAUUAUAUAAUGAGUACUUUACCGAAUCAUUGGAAGAAUUACUGGCCAUGCCCCCCCCCCUCCCCCAUUCCCAGUUAUAAAUAGUUUACCCUUAUUUAUGUAAAAUUAGUUGCCCUAAUGAAAAUUUAAAGUAUAUAGAAUUCAAUCAACUAUAAUGAUCAUUUUGCUUUCUUAAUUUAAUGUUUGAAUCACUAAAAAUAUUAAUAACGAUAAUGAUAAUAAAUAAUAAUGAUAAUGUAUCGAACAUUUCGAUUUUCAAACCAGUUUUGUAUAAGAUUUGAAAUCUGAUUCUAAAUAAAAAAAAAAAAAACAAAAAACAUAAUUAUAACGAUGAAAUGGAACACUGGAUCCGGUUUUCCUAUGAUAUGGCUUUAAUAUUGAACCGCUAAUAUUAAAU